AGUUGGACAAGUUUCGGGACUUGUUGACAUUGAUGAUGUCUACGUUGACGGAGACUUUGAAUUAUGGGAAUGAGGCCGCGGCUAGUGAGGCGUUGGAAUUGUUGAUUGAGUUGGCGGGCACGGAGCCGAGGUUUUUGAAGAGGCAAAUUGUGGAGGUUGUGGGGACAAUGUUGUAG